CAGCCGCUCUUGGUCGGCAAGCUACGGACUCCGGCAGGAGAGUACAGCGAUAAUACUUGGACGCCUGCCGGAGAAGAACGAGAGAGAUCCCGGUAGGAGAGUUCGGCGACAAUACCUGGACGCCUACCGGAAGAAGGGAGAGUACAGGAGAACUGUUUCUGGACGCUCGACCGACAAGGGGAGUACGACGAUAAUACCGACAGAUGCCAAGUGUUAAAGAUGAAUCCGAGGCAGAAGGAGAAGAAAUGUCACAUGACAGUAAUGAAAGUAACCAAAGCUCUGCAUCGUGUGAUAGCAGUGCAGAACACAGUGACAGUGAUGACUCUUCUGAAAUGGAUGAAGAUGAAUGUGAAAGGCGGCGCAAUGAAUGUAUGGAGAAUUUAGUAGAUCUAGAACGUCAGUUUACUCUUCUUAAAGAACAACUUUACCAUGAAAGGAUUACUCAAGUAGAUACAAAAUUAGGAGAAGUUCGAGUUGGAAAAUCUGAGGAAUAUUUAAAACCUUUGGAACGUUUAAAAGAAAAUAUGAAAACGAAAACAGAAGUAGCUGGAAUAUUAAAACAAUAUAGAUUACAAAAUAUACAAAACAAAUUCUUAGCAGAAGAGCAAGCUGCAUUACAGAAUUUUGAAAGUGAAAAAGAAUUGAUCUGGGAUUGUAUUCACAAUGAUUUACAAGAAAAAAUCCGCAGAUUAGAGGAAGAUAGAAAUAAUGUUGAUAUUCAUGCAGACUUGUGGUUAAAUUCUAAUGGUAGAAGACGCCGAAAUCACACUGAAAGAAGAAGGGCAGUUUCUGUUGCAGGGCCUUACAUUGUUUAUAUGCUUAAUGAUGCAGAUAUUCUUGAGGAUUGGGCAUUAAUAAAGAAAAGCUUAAGUAGUCGAAAAACUGAAAUAAUUUAAUGCCUGCACAUAUAUAAAUGUAUUUUUUUAAUAAUAUAAUUUUAAUUAUGUUAAUUCAUUAUCCUUUCAUAAAUUUGAUUAAGUUUUCUGAAUAAUUACUACAUUCAUUUUACGUUCCUUACAUUUGCAAUACUUAUAUAGGGUGCCUUUGUAUAAAAUACCUUGAUCUCUACUCCUUCAGUUCAUAAGCGACUGAAUAUAUGUAAUUUAUGGAAAAAUUCCAUGAUAUUUAUGCCUUUAAGAAAACAACUCCGGAAUCGAUAAAAAUUAAUUGUUAAUGUAAUUAAAGAUCGUUAUAUUUAAAAACAUGUAAUAUUUAGUUAUAAAAG